AUGUGUAGCAACAAUGGGAUGUAUGAGAACUACUCCGACCGCAGCGCUAGAAAUAAUGCUAGGACUCCUACCCCUACACAUAUAUAUACAAAAGGAAGCUGCAGCCACAGCCCUCCGACUGAAAGACCUAACCCUAUGGACAAAACUCAACUCAACGCACAAAAGAAUAUAUGGCGACAUGAUCUCAAAACUGCCGAUGCUAGAAGCGCCAGUGGACAAACUACCCAAAACCACGAUCUUCUGCAAAAAUUAUACAACAUUGCUAACAGAAGAUCCAAAGGAAGGACUACACCAAACAAACCUAAGAAUUUUCACAUUUUCACAGACGGAUCAAAAACAAAGGAGGGAACAGGGUGUGGAGUCUUCUCAGAGGACUUAAACAUACACAUAUCCAAGCCCUUAGGUGAACACAGCACGGUAUUCCAAGCUGAAUGUGUGGGAAUAAUAGAAGCUUGCAAUGCCAUAAAGAGACGACAGGUAAAACAUGAAAACAUACUGAUACUAUCAGACAGCAAAUCAGUGCUUCAGGCACUAGACAGCCCAAAACUUACUUCGAAACUAAUACUAGAAUGUCACCAAAGACUCACGGAAGUGUGCGAAGAGGACAACAAAGUAACAAUACAAUGGAUAAAGGGGCACAGUGGAUCAAGAGGGAAUGAUGCAGCGGAUGAACUGGCCCGAGAAGGAUCAGCCACACCGGCAUAUGGACCCGAACCCAUCAUACCCCUACCAGUGUCAUACAGGAAAAACCAACUUAGUCAAAACUACAAACAGUUACACAACAAAUACUGGGUUGAAUUAGACACAUGUAGACAAACCAAAGAAAUUCUUGCUGAACCUAAUACAAAGCUCACAAAAAUCUUACUCAGAACUCCCAGAAAGCAACUGCGAAAACUAGUAGGAUUAAUGACAGGACACAACACACUGAACAAACACCUCAAUAACAUAGGUAUAACCGAUAGCCCCAUGUGCAGAGCGUGCAUGGAAGCAGAAGAAACCACCAAACACUUUCUUCUAGAGUGUAAACAGGUAGAAGUAUAUAGGAACAAGUAUCUAGGUACGCCGAACACAUUGAAAGAGGUAUUUAGCAACCUGAAAACACUGCUAGGAUUCGUAGAGGAGCUGGGGUGGCUAGAGUAG